AUGGCACGAUGGCAGGGUGCACAUGGCGGCGCCCUGCGGCUGGCAGUGCUGGCAGCGCUGCUGCUGGCCGCUCAGGCGCGGCCUGUGCCCCAGCUGGCCGAGCCAGACUACACCCUUUACCACACCAAGGAUGGGGUGUUUCAGGCGGUGCGUGAGAUCGUGGCGGGCUGCCCAGCCAUGAUGCGGAUAGAUGAGGAGUCCCAGACGGAUGGUAACUACACCUCGGCGCUGACUGUGGUCACAGUGGAGCCAGCGGGGCUGAGCAGCUCACACGAAAACAAAGCCCGCCUCCUCCUGAACUUUGGGGAGCAUGGGCGGGAGCUGAUUUCGUCGGAGAUCGCGCUGCACCUGCUGCGCCUGCUGUGCGACGAGGGCGCCCGCCUCCCGCUGCUGCACAAGUUUGGCAUCCCGCCCGCGGACGUGCACCAGCUGCUGCAACGCACCGUGUUCAAGGCGCGAGCCGUGGUUCCCAUGGAGAAUGUGAGGGGGCGGGAGCGUGUGGAGCGGGGCGAGCUGUGUGAGCGCAAGAAUGGGCGCGGGGUGGACCCCAACCGCAACUGGGAGGUGCACUGGGGCUUCAAGGAGAAGGACUACGACCCAAGGGAGGAGUACCCCGGCUCCGCACCCUUCAGCGAGCCCGAGGCGGCGCUGAUGCUGGGCGUGGCGCGCGCGCUGCGCCCGCACGUCUGGGCCAGCGUGCACAGCGGCAUGGAGGCGCUGUUCAUGCCAUACGACCACGUGGCCACGGUGCCGGAGGGGGAGGGCCCCGCGGCCACUCUGUCCAUCCUGCAGCAGAUCAACCAGCGCACCUGCAAGUCCAAGUGCGCGGUGGGGUCGGGCGGCAAGAGCGUCGGGUAUCUUGCCCACGGUACCGCCACCGACUACAUGUACGACCGCCUGGGCGUGCCCAUCCCCAUGACCUGGGAGGUGUACGGCGACCAGCGGGCAGCCUACGAGGACUGCUUCCGCAUGUUCAACCCGCUGUCCCGCCAGCAGUACAACGCCACCGUGGAGUCGUGGACCGCCGCCAUCUUCACCCUGCUCACCCUGCUGCCCCAGCACCCGCAGGUGCAGGGAGAGCUGCACCUGCCGGGCGGGCCGGGCGGGGCUGCUCUGGAGGGCGGCGGCCCGGGAGGGGCGGGCGCGGCGGGCCGAAAUGUGGCUGGAGACAGCGGGAGCGGUGCAGAGGCAGGGGGUGGCGCAGGUACACGUGGUAGCGCAGGGGCGUUGGGGCGGCGAGGAGAUGCCGGGGGCGAGGGCGCCAAGCAGCAGGAGCAGCAGCAGGAGCAGGCUGGCACGGUCGCCGGUGGGACCGGCGGCGGCGACGGCGGCGGCAGCCAAGCCAGCCAGGAAGGCGGCAGCGGCAGCGGAGGCCAGGAUGGCAGCAGCAGCAGCUCUGCUGACAAGGCGAUUGAGAUAGCAUCAGCCCUCAAGGAGCACUUGCAGCAGCAGCAGCAGCAGGAGCAGCAUGAGGGCGACGCGGGAGCUGAGAAGCGGCAGGAGCAGCAGCCCAGCGGCGGCGGCGCGGCCGAGACAGCGUCGUCGAGCGGCCAGGGCGCCGGCGGGCAAACGGCGGCGCCAAAGCGCAGCCGAACGCUGUCGACGCUGUACUGGCUGACGGUGUUGGUCACAGGCUCCGUGAUCGCCAGCUACUUGUGGAGCAAGCCUCGAGUUCGCUACCAGCUGAGCAAGUGGCUGGGCAGCAGCCGGCGUCGAGCACGCGGCGUCGUUCCCCUGUGA